AUGACGGAAAAUAUAAUACAAUGGGUGAAGAGAAAAGAAAUCAUCGAUCAUUUUUCAAAACUUUCAUGUCUCUCGGAAGACUUCACUUGGUUGACUGAAGAAGGUCAUAAAGCUUCACGCAAAGGCUGUUUGGAUAAUUUCAAACGACUAUUCACAAAACAAUUUUAUGAACAACUCGAAGCUUUUGCCAUAAACAUAAAUAUGUAA